CAUUCCAAAGCUAAUUUGGAAACUAAUCACACUUGCAGAGUGUUUUUAAAAUGCAAAAUAAAAUAUUACUAAUUUAUGUCGUAUUUGUAGAAACUGACCAAAUCAAUCACGUCUAUAAAUACAAGCUGAAUCUAAUUAGCAUGAUGAACCUGCAGCAUGAUGGAGGGAGACUGCAGUAGAUCUGAGCUGGAUCAAGGUUUCCUCAGAGACUGUAGCCUGUCUGUUUUGUCCACUGAAGGAACACUGAAAGCACCCAAAAGCAUUGUGGUAGAGUAUAAAGAACCCAAUUCAACGCUUCCUGCUUCCUUUUACCACUCUUCGAGUGUUUUAUCUCCCUCCAACCCCCCAUGUAAGAUGUUCCUCCUGUCCCCAACUCUUACCAUGUGUUCUUCUGGUACGAGCAGUCUCCUGGAAGGCAAGUCCUCCACUCCUUAUGAGAGGAUGACCUUCCAGAAACCAAUCCUGGCCAGCUCGUUGGACCUUUCCUCCAUUGACCUGACUACCUCACACCCUUCAUGGGAAGUGUCGCUCAUCAAAAAUAAUGUGGAAAGCCCUAAAGUGUGGUUGGAUUCCAGUAAGGUAGAGUUCAUAUGGAGUCCAAGUUACCAAGCUACACCUCCAACGCUGGCAGAGAUUUCCUCACUGAUCUGUUCAGGGACACCGCCAGAGGGUCAGAGGUCAUGCAGGGACUUCACCUUUCAGGAUUCGAACCUGCGCCAUGCUGUGUUGGAGCUGACUGAUGAGCAACAGAAGAGUCUGUCCCGAAACUUGGCCAUGUAGUUGUUUACACUAGUGCUUGUUCUAGGAUCUAUAUGGUGACUCAAGUGAAGAAUUAUUGUAAUUAUGUCUAUCUUUCCUUGAAAUAAAGUCUGGUAUGUAUAUUAAUGACUCUGCUCAUUUUAAAGGAACUGUAGAAAACACUUUAUUCAAAAUAACAUUUUAUAAACGCUUAAAUACAGCAAGUUUACAGAUAAAAUGUAGACAGGCUGCUCAAAGUUCUGCAAGGAUGGGUGCAAACCUGGACAUUUCACAAGUCACAUUUGUAGGACCAGCAAAAGAGUAGUGUCCUAUUAUAGAAAUCUGUGUUUAGUGAACUUAAUCUAAUUGACACUGUUGAAUUCUCAUCUGAUUGGUCAGAGGGUGUUUGAUUCAUUUUCUAUAACAGUGGCUCUGGCAUUAGUGCCUGCUGCAAGAUUUACAUCAACACACUUGUUCUUAAUGUAUACUGUUUGUAUAGAAACUGUUUCACAUAUAUAGAUGUUUCUCUGAUGAUGCUUUCUUAAACAUGUUUAACAUUUAUCAAAGAUGAGUUUGAGGAAAUUCUGUUCAUGUAUGUAUGUAUGUAUGUAUGUAUGUAUGUAUGGCCUAUUAGUGUCCGGAAAGAGAGGGGCAAAAAGUGAGGCUGAUCAGGGAACGGUGAUUAUAGCUGCUAUGAUGUGAGUGAUCACUAACCUUCAUUAACUAUAAAUGGACCAGACAUAUAACAUUCUUUAAUAAACAGAAAACUGCCUUCCUACACAUCCUGACAUGUUACUUGUAUAAGUUAACAAGGAAAAGGAAGUGAAAAUGAUUAUUUUCACCAAGUACACUACCAGUCAAAAGUUUGUGGACACUCGACUGAAAUGUUUCUCGAUCUUAAAAACCUUUUGAUCUGAAGGUGUAUGAUUUAAAUGUUUGAAAUCGAGGUUGUAGACAAAAAUAUAAUUGUGCCCAGAAUACAUUUCUGGAAAUUCUAGGUGAAACGCGUGUCUACUUGAAGAUGCUGAAAUAUUAAAUUAUUUUGAUUUAUUUUUGAUUGUUGUUAUCACAACAUAACACCCAUAGUUCCCUUUGUGUUACUCCAGAGUUUUGAUGACUAUUAUUAUUCUAAAAUGUGAGGGGGGGGGGGG